GUGACAGUAGGGAUGACCAGGGAAGUGAAUUGGACAAUUUUCCAACAUUGCAUGUUAGGGAAAAAUGUAUGGAGUAAAAAGUACAUUGUUUUCUUUAUGAAUGCAGUGAGGUAAAAGUAAAUGUAAUCAAAAAAAUAUGAAUAGUAAAGUAAAGUACAGAUUCUCCUCAAAACUACUUAAGUAAUACUUUCAAGUGUUUUCUACUUAGCUGGCUAUAGCCUAUAUGGAUCAAUGUUGCAGAGAAACAGCCCAAUGGUUUUUACAAAUAUCAAGGUUAAGUAAGUAUUCCUUUUCACAACAAUAUUUUAAGCAUGAAACAUAGGUUAGUCAUUGCUUGAAUUUAUCAAUUCAACCAGGACUCAGAUAUUUGAGACCAUGAGCCAUUGCGAGUGUUAAAUAUAUGUUUAAUUAUGCGUAUGAAAAUUAAACAUUAGUGUUAUGCUAAUUCAUCUUGCUUCAGCUGUGGCUCAGAGCACUUGAGACUGGCAUUUGAUCAAAUAGACCUGUAAGUAAUAUAUAUGUGCAUGUGAACACCAAAAGACUCUGUCAAUAAUUAGUAAAUCUAUUACAGUUUGUUUUGAGAUAUCGAAACAAUAUCUAAUGAGAAAUAAAACAUAACUUUUCUGUUAAAUAGGCCUAUAACGCCUCAAAGUUACACUUCAAUGUAUUCAUACUGCUAUCUCUGAACAUUAUUAUGUUUUGUUGUAGUGCGAUUCAUUUGUAUGAAACAGUUCUUAAACGAGAAUAAUUUGCGAAUCUUAACACAGGCUGUUUCUUAAUGUUUAAGUGAACAACAGGCCUAUCGAUACAACAGGAUCUAACCAUAGCCUACUUGUGAUUGACAAUAAAAUAGGCUAUUUCUUUAUAAGAAACAAUUUUAUUAUUAUUAUUAUUGUUAUUAUUAUAAAAUAGGCUGGAUUUAAUUGUGUGUUGUUUAUUUUAAAGCAGAUAUUUAGGAUUUCAGUGUCUAUUUUGCUAAUACCUUUCUCUGCUACCUAAGCAAUAUUUUUUUAUUGACAUCUCCGGGCUGAAUCUCAGGUUUUGUUGUUUUUCUUGAGUUUAUCAGGUCCAAAGGACCCAACCUCAGGAUCGCCAAUCGGCAUCAUUCUUGGAUAGAGUGGACCAAUCAGCGACCGUCUUUGAUGAAUAUUCAUGAUCCCUGAUUCAAACCUUUGAGCGAGUUUGUCUAGACCCAGUGCAUCAUACCUAGACUUUUCACAGAGACAAACUACAUUUUCUUAUGAAUGGAAAGAGAAAAAAUCAGUACAGCUUAAAUUGGGAUCCAUCCUUCACUGAGAUCAUAGAAGAAAACAAAAAAGGAAGAGGAGAGAUCCGCCAGAAGAGAUGACAAUGACUACAAUACCAGAAAGUCUUAAUAGCCCUGUCACAGGAAAACCCGUUUUCAUGGAAUUUGGGCCACCGAGUCAACAAAUGUCGCCUUCCUCAAUGUCUCACGGACACUAUUCCAUGCACUGUUUACAUUCUGCUGGUCAUACUCAACACGAGAGCUCGUACAGUCCAGCCUCAUCUUUUCCUAGAUCUUUAGGUUAUCCAUACGUUAACUCCGUCGGCAGCCAUUCCUCAAGUCCAUAUCUCAGUACAGUGCAGUCGUACCAAAACAGCUCGGCACUAACACAGACACAGUUAGAAGAUACAGCACCAGAGACAGAGAAGAAUACAGUUGUAGAAGGCGGAGAGGUACGGUUCAAUGGGAAAGGGAAAAAGAUUCGCAAACCAAGGACUAUCUAUUCCAGUUUGCAGCUACAGACUCUAAACAGAAGAUUUCAACAAACUCAAUAUUUGGCACUGCCAGAGAGAGCCGAGCUGGCAGCUUCAAUGGGACUCACGCAAACACAGGUAAAGAUUUGGUUUCAAAAUAAGCGAUCGAAGUUCAAGAAGCUGAUGAAGCAAGGUGGUGGAACAAUUGACAACAACACUUUAGCCCAGUUUAAUGGUCGCAUAUCUUCGACUGGCUCUCCGGUAGCACCGGUUUGGAGCUCACCGACCACGGUGAAAACAUCCGUGGGUACACCAGGGUCUUACAUUCCAAGUUACACCUCAUGGUAUCCAACUGCACACCAAGAGUCUAUGCAGCAACCGCAACUCAUGUGAACAUAACAGUGAGCUAAAAGACCUGCCCCGCCCUCUAUACUAUCAUGGCCCAUAUCAGGAGAUUUUGGGUCAACCACCCAGCGUGGCCUUGCACUGUCCCGCUGCAGCCAUGCACAGAUGUAAUCCGGAGUUUGCUCCCAAAGUUGCCAGCUGACAUGUCGGCCUCCUCAUGCCGAUCGACGGGACAGAGAACAAGAGCCCUGUGAGCCGAGGGACUGAAAAAGGCACCGUUCUCGCCCGAGGGCAACAAGUCCUUUCAUGUCACCGACAGACACCGGAAAUUGUUAUGAAAAAUGGGUCCUCAAGCUGCUCUUAUUAUCUUUUGUGACAUUUUAAUAGGCUAUGUGUUAAAGUAAAUAUAUUGAGCUGUAACAAGUCAGUGAGAGUAGGCUAUAUUUAUGUAUCCUAUGUUUGAUUUUAAGAUUUGCUUAAUUUCUUAUCCCAAUUAUGAUUUUUUUUAAAUGGCUUAUGAAGCCGCACGUUUCCAAGUAUGAGAUGUAGGUCAUGCAUCUCCAACGAAGGUCAACAUAGUGAUUUGACCAUCACCUUAAAACCUUGCUUUCAAACAGACAAAACUACCACUGGUCUACAAUGUAACUUUGACCAACGAAUGUAGGCCAAUCCAAUUAAGAGUCGUAUCAUUUUGAUGGGCAUGGAAUGGAAUAUCGAGUCCGUCCCUUAGUUCUUUCCUGCGCCAUUGCGCUAGCCACAUGUUGCUACCAUGCUGUUUUGUGUGUUAAUUUAAGUUAAAUUAUUUAGUUUUUUCAAAGUCUGUGUGUUUAUUUAAUAUGCAGGUGUGUUUGACUUAUGAAACGACAACAAAGUGUCGUAAAUGCUGCUCUAAUGCAAGCAAAACUCCUCUUCUACGACGGAGCCCCAAACAUUAUGUGAAAAAAAGUUUAAAUGGCUAGUGGCUGCUUGAGAAGAGCACUAAGUUGAUCCCGAAGAUGAACAUAUGGUUUGUCAUUGUUUGUUAUGUGUUGCGCGGGUGGAUGUACAUAAGGACAAGAUAUAAUAUGAUUUUUUUCAGCUUUGGUUUGUGCUGUAGCCUAAUGAUACAUUGUGAAAUAGGGUUUUUGUGUGUUCAUUAAGAUGAAUGUGUUAAGCAGUCUAUAGAAAUAUUUAGUUUUGUAUUGAUCAAUUUAAUUUAUUGCUUUGUUUUAUUGAAGUUAUGUACAUAUUGUUGAAAACAGUAAAAAAAAGUAUGAUUUAAAA